AAGCCCACAUUUAAACUGCUGCCUGCCUGUGCAGCAGCUGAGGAACCUUGGACUCACAGAAUGGACUAAAACCCCGAGACACUGCUCAGAGAAACCCUCCCUGCAGCUCCCAGACAAGAGCCGAAGGAGAGGCAAACCCACGCUUUCAACACCGUCCAAGCGCCGGAUUCCAGCUCUGGCUGCUUUACAUUGCAGCUCAGUGCUACCACCAGAAAUAUGGAUACUGAGCAGAGAACACAGCACCGCAUUGUCCAGCCGGGAAAACAGCAGAUGUAAAAAGCCUCAAUGCAUCAACUGUCAGCAAGAGUCAACAGGGCUCCCGACACAAGGGACAACUACAGCUCUUUUGUUUAACAAAGGAGAGAGAAAAUGAAAGAAAGGGAGAAUCUCCGGAGACGAGUGCCCAUAUGAACACGCAGGGGAAGUGGGAGACGAGCAGACAGAUGGACUCUGGAAAGCAAUCGCGGGAGGCAGGCUGCUGGGGGAUGUGCGCAGGUUCGACAGCAGCUUUCUGCUGAAGUGAUGGCGUGCCAAAAGUCUUCAGUGGGCACGAUCCUCUCCACAUCAAAGGCUCGAGCAAGGAAGAAUGACUGCGAGGGACACAUGAGUGAACUAAAAAUGAUGACCAAAGAACAGCACUAACUCAGAAGAAGCCAGGCAACGCGCUGCCGCCUCCCCCCAGACCGGCCCUGGACUCUCACACCAUGCUUCAGUGGCGGAGGAGACACUGCUGCUUUGCCAAGAUGACCUGGAACGCCAAGAGGUCUCUGUUUCGCACCCAUCUCGUCGGCGUGCUCUCCCUCGUGUGUCUGUUUGCUAUGCUUCUGUUUUUCAGUCAUCAAGACUGGCUGCCAGGCAGAGCUGGACUCAAAGAAAACCCUGUGACGUACACUCUCCGGGGAUUUCGCUUCACAAAAAGCGAGACAAACCACAGCUCCCUUCGGAACAUUUGGAAAGAAACAAUCCCUCACACUCUGAGGCCUCAAACAGCAACCAACGCCAACAACACAGAGCUGGCACCACAAGAGGUCACAGGGCUCGAGAACACACUGAGUGCCAACGGAAGUGUUUAUAAUGAAAAGGGCACCAGAUAUUCAAAUUCUUAUCAUUUCAAAUAUGUCAUCAACGAACCGGAAAAGUGCCAAGAGAAAAGCCCCUUUUUAAUACUGUUAAUAGCAGCAGAACCUGGACAAAUUGAAGCAAGAAGAGCUAUUCGGCAAACGUGGGGCAAUGAAAGUCUAGUACCUGGUAUUAAAAUCACACGCAUUUUUUUAUUGGGCUUAAGUAUCAAGUCAAAUGGCUACAUUCAACGUGCAAUACUGGAAGAAAGUAGAGAGUAUCAUGACAUAAUUCAACAGGAAUACCUAGAUACGUACUAUAAUUUGACCAUUAAAACACUAAUGGGAAUGAACUGGGUUGCAACAUACUGUCCACAUACUCCGUACGUUAUGAAAACUGACAGUGACAUGUUUGUCAAUACUGAGUAUUUAAUACACAAGUUACUAAAACCAGACUUGCCUCCUAGACACAACUAUUUUACGGGUUACCUAAUGCGAGGAUAUGCGCCCAACCGGAACAAGGACAGCAAAUGGUACAUGCCGCCAGAGCUGUACCCGAGUGAGCGCUACCCUGUCUUCUGCUCUGGAACUGGUUAUGUUUUUUCUGGAGACCUGGCAGGAAGAAAUAACCACAUUGACCACAAUUUACACCUACUUAAUCAACAUUAA